GUGACUUGUGUUUAGAGAAAGUGCGUUUCCGCAAAGCAAAAAUAAGAAACCUGUGUCUGCUAAGUGUUUGAGCGAUCAGAAGGUUAUUGAACCUUACUGUGUAAGAGUCGCUCCCCUAUCACUCUAGCUACAAGAGCAGUCCUUUGACAUAAAAGGUUAAAAUGGCAGAAAAACAAGGUUUUCCAGGUUCAGAACCCCCUCCACCAUAUCCAGAGACCCAUCAGCCUUAUCCUAAUGCACCUUACCCACCAGAAGCUAAUCCCAGCCCCACUACAACUCAACCAUCACCUUACCCUGCACAGAACCCCCCACCGUACAACCCAAAUGACCCAUCAGUACCAGUAGUAAACAUGCCGUACCAGCAGACAGUGGGUUUCCCUGCUUCUCAGCAGCAGGGGCACCCAGCACCACCACCUCAACAGGGUUACCCCCCGCCCCAGCAAGGGUACCCCCCACCUCAACAGGGUUACCCCCCGCCCCAGCAAGGGUACCCACCCCCUCAACAGGGGUAUCCGCCACCCCAACAAGGCUACCCAGCACAGCAACAGGGCUACCCCCCUGCCCAACAAGGCUAUCCUGCACCUCAACAAGGAUAUCAAACUACAGGGGGCUAUCCGUACACAACCCAGCAUAAUGUUACUAUUGUGACUGGCGGACCCGCUGUUGUUGUUGGAGGUGUACCUGCACCUGACUACUGUGGCCUAUCAUUAUUUUCUUGUUUGUUUUGUUGUUGGCCCAUUGGUCUGGUUGCUGUCAUCAAUGCCAAACAUGCAAGAGAAGCUAAUCAAAGAGGGGACUAUGCCAGAGCUUCGACGUACAGCCAAAUGGCAAGAAGAUAUGCUAACAUUGCUAUUACUGCUGGGAUCAUUUUAAUCAUUUGCAUAGUAGUAUUCAGGAUUUUUGCAUUCAAUUAAUGUUUUGUUGAUCUUGGUACAAAAUUACAGGAUAACUUGUAAAUUUGGGGCAGUAGCAAGGGGUGGGGCACUGGGGGCAUGAUGUCCCCCCCCCCAUAUUUUUAUUAUACGGAAAUGACCAGUAAGGGCGUGGCUGUGCCCCUAAUACUUUCUUAACGGUUCUGUAUCGUGCCCCCGUAAUAUAUCUAGGCCUGCUACGGCACUGAAAUUAGUCCAUAAAAGAGUCAUUAGAUUACAAGGGUCCCAUUCUUACUAAAAUCAAGGACACUGCUAGAAACAAUGUGGCUUCAGUGUAAUUGUUUUACCUUUACAAAAGGUUUAAUAGAAAACAAGCAUUAUUUUUUAAAAGACAAACCGUGUAGCAUACCAAGCCAAAACCAACAUAUGUAAGCAUUAGAAUUAAUAUGUUUCUGUAUAAAUAUUUUAUAAAAUAAAAAAAUUAAGAAAUCCUG